CUAAAAAUGUAGUUUAAAGAGCAACUCAAAAUACCUUGUCUGACAAGAGGUAUCAGGAAGAGGAACAGCAUUAGUAUUUCCAAUGAUUACCGCUGUUAUUACUGGCUUGAUUACAAUGAGGAGGGGGAGGGGGACAAUGGAGGUUUUUACCCCAAAGCUAAUGAAGUUAUGGAAAGAAUGGGAGCUUCGAGCAAUGGUUGUAACGAGCCUUCUUGUCCAAAUAAUUCUCAUCGUAUUAGGCAGCCAAAGGAAAUACAUUCCUAAAGUAAAGAUUAGAGCCAUUGUUUGGUGUUCCUACUUGCUGGCUGACUCUGUUGCAACCAUUGCACUUGGCAUACUAACAAAUAACCUGGGAGAUAUAUAUGAUGAAAGAGGUGAUGUUGACAUAAACACUAAACUUACAGCAUUUUGGGCGCCUUUUUUACUGCUGCACUUGGGUGGCCCCGAUACCAUUACAGCUUAUGCCUUGGAAGACAAUCAGUUGUGGUUAAGGCACUGUUUUGGACUGAUAAUACAGACAGUUGUGACUGGAUACAUCUUCUUGAUGGCCUGGUCAGAUAGCCGUCUUUCGCUGCUAAGCAUUCCGAUGAUUGUGGUGGGAUCAAUUAAGUACGGAGAGAGGACUUGGACUCUUUGGAAAGCAAGCAGUGAUGAACUUCGAGACUCAAUGCUGACUUCUCCAGAUCCUGGUCCAAACUAUUCCAAGUUGAUGAAUGAAUACAGGCAGAAACAAGCUGAAGGUUUCUUUAUGGAAAUUGAGGAGGUUAAGGAUGUUCAGCAAGAAUUGGAUGUAGCUGCCCCUCAAGGAACCACUCCUGAUGACCAAAACAUAAUCAAAGCUCAUGUGUUGUUUCAAACAUUCAAGUGCCUGUUUGCAGAUCUCAUUCUAAGCUUCAAAGACAGGGAGAAGAGCCAAUCUUUGUUCCAGAAAAUGUCUGGUAAAGAUGCUUUUGAUGUGGUUGCUAUUGAACUAGGGUUCAUGUAUGACAAGCUAUACACAAAAGCAGCUGUCAUUUAUACUCCUAUGGGUUUGAUUCGCCGCAUCACUACUUUCUGUCUCACUUUCCUGGUGUUGCUGGUUUUCUCUUUUGAGGACAUGAAGUAUAAAAAAGUAGACAUAUUCAUUACUUUUCUUCUCCUUGUUGUAGCUGUUUUUCUGGAGAUAUAUGCAGCACUGGUACUACUUUUCUCAGACCAAACCAAUCAUUGGUUGAUCAAGCACAACAAAACAUCAUGUCUCAAACUCAUCCAUUCUUUACAACCAGUAAGGAAAAGGUGGUCGAGUCGGGUGCCACAGUCAAGUCUACUUGGAAGUUUCCUCAAGGAAAAGCCUUACUUCAGACUCCUGAAAAGGGUAGUGGAGAAAUGGCCACCUGAAACUUAUGCAGAAGUUGAUGAUGAUCUCAAAAGGCUGAUUUUCAAGCAUGUCAAAGAGAAAUUUAAUCAGUUUAAGGAGAAACAAGAUGAUGGCAAUUUCAGGGAUUUGUGCAGCCAAAGGGGAAGCAACAUACUUCAAAUGUAUAAGCGGCAAACUCGCCUUAGCCUUGAGUGGAGUAUCAAUGUCGAAUUUGAUCAGAGUAUCCUUAUUUGGCACAUUGCCACAGAGCUCUGCUACUUCUCAGAGGGAGAGCUCAGUACCAUAACAAGCGAUAUUCAAUCAUCCCGUGAAGUGAGCUAUUGCAUCUCAAAUUAUAUGUUCUGUCUGCUGGUCACUUUUCCUUUCCUGUUGCCAAUUGGGAUUGGACUUAUCAGGUUCCGGGACACUCAGGCUGAAGCCAAGAGGUUCUUCAAAGAAAGAUUAACCCUUUCAAGAACAAAGGCAAAACACAGGAUUACAUGUAACAAAAUGUUUCUUCAAGCCAUUGACGGUGAGUUAGAAAUGCAAGAAGAGGAAAGCAACACAAGUACAUGUUGGAAGUCAUUGAAUCAAGCCAUGAUGUUCUUGGAAGAACCAACAAUGUACCAAAUGAUUGCAAUUUGCAGAAUGUUGCUUCGAGAAAACAUUGAUGUUCUGCCUGGGAAAGUGAAGGGGGAUAGCAGCAAGUCUGUGUUGUUCGAUGCAUGCCGGCUAGCAUCAGCACUAAACGGAGUCACCAACAAGAAAGUUAAGUGGGAUAUGAUUAGAGAUAUCUGGUUGGAGAUAUUAACCUAUGCUGCUAGUCACAGCAGGGGGAGUCAGCAUUGCCAACAGCUGAGACGAGGUGGUGAGCUUCUGACUCAUGUUUGGCUUCUCAUGGCACAUUUUGGCAUGAGUGAGCAGUUCCAAAUAUCUAAAGGUUAUGCAAGAGCUUUGCUGACAGCAAAAUAACCUCAGUUCUUCAAUUUUAUUAUGUAUUUUUUUAGCAGCCAUGAAAAUGAAUUUCAUUUUUAACAAUUCAAGAAACAAUUUCACUGGGGAUUCAGUUGUGUUCUAGCAAAGAUUCUACUUGAAUAAAUUGAAUUCACAAUCCUAACAUUGUAUAGAUCUAGAAAAAGUGAGGAUUUCAUAUCUUUAUAUUUCAAGUUCCCUCUGUCUGAGAAGAACAAGAAAGGAUUCACAUGUUCUUAUGGUACAAUUAUUGAUACAAUAAAAAGAAAAA